CGUUUUCCAUGUCAUUUCCUGUAAUAAAAAAAGAUGGUGGUCAAAGCUGAGAGAAGCAGCUGACUCGUUACAAAUAUUUGAGAUGAUAAACUUUACAUCGCCUUGGACUAGUGAAAUGAACCUGUACUAUUGUGUCACCAUCGCUUUACAUGUGGGUACAGCAUAGGUUGUUCGCUAGGGAGCCUAGCAAAGACCCCCCCAACGGACUGCGUAUUCUCCAAAAGUGCUAUGACGUUUGCAUGAAAGGGGCACACACAGGGUUUGGCCCUCCUCCCUGUACUGACCAUGGCAGACCCUGCCACCUUUCCAACUGAGCCGUGUAUGGAAACUGAGCCAAACUGCAACACAGGUGUCAUCAACAAACGUUCUGAGGAGCCACACAAAAAGUUAAAAGUGAACCAUGAGCAUUGUGCCAACGUGGGACAACAAAAUGUUGACUUCUGGUUCUGUGAAGAUUGUAGGGAGUUCUUUUUGGAGGAAUGCCCUACCCAUGGUCCCCCUGUCUUUGUGCCUGAUACACCUGUUGCACUGGGUGUGCCUAAUCGGGCAGCCCUCACUGUGCCUUCAGGAAUUGAGAUUAUUGAGGAGGGCCAGGAGGUGGAAGUUUGCUGCAUGGAUGAAAAUAUCCCCAAGGGGGCACUCUUUGGUCCGUACCAAGGCCAGCUGAUAACCAAUGACAAGCAGUCAGGAAAGUACUCAUGGAUGAUUGUUAAUGAGGACAACACUUACAAAUCUAUUGAUGGCCGUGAAGAAACCAUAGCAAAUUGGAUGAGGUAUGUCCGGGUGUCUUCCGAGGAGAAUGAGAGGAACUUGAGUGCUUUCCAGCAUGGCGAGCACAUUUACUUUAGUGUGUGUCGUAGACUGGCAGUGGGAGAGAGGCUUUGUGUAUGGUACAGUGAUGACUACAUGAAACGUCUGCAGAGCAUCUCCCAGGACAGGAUCGACCAUCACCUGGACACAGGGUUAAAUUCAGAAGGCCUCACCCAAUACCAAGAAGAAGUUCAAGGUCCAAUUCUACGUUCAGCUCUGCAUGGGAGGAGGACCAUUAGCAAGCAUGGGAGCGAUGAGGCCGAUAGCCAGCCUCAAGCCAAAAAGAAAAAGAUUGAUCUUAUAUUUAAAGAUGUUCUAGAAGCCUCGCUGGAAGCAAGCCAAAGUCAGGACAAUCCGUUAAAUAGCACUCUAUCAUUACCGAGGGCAAGAGCACAAGUCAGCAAUGUCUUCAACCAAUCUGGGACAUUUUCCCACCAUGUAGCGGAGACAUUCCUCAGCCAGACGGAGUGUAAGGUGGCUCCUUUGGCCUCUGGGCUGGCUCCUGUGGAGCAGUUAGAGAGUAGCCUUAAUGAAAGAUAUGUCAAAAUGGAGGAGACAGAGGAAGAGCCUACACCACAGAAUAUGACUAGUGAAGGCCCAUCUACAUCUUUCUGCCCAAACUGUGUGAGACUGAAGAGACGUAUACGAGAACUGGAGGCUGAGCUGCUCCGUUUUAAACAACAGGAACAGGCUGAGACAUUGGCAUUACCCCCAUCUGAGCCCCUGCCCAGUGAUGACCUCAGAGCAGUGGAAGGCAUGACAGCCAUCCCAGCAGUGUUGGAGGAAGAUGACCAGGACCUCGACUCCGCAGACGAAUCCAUUGCCGCUGACAUGCUGGUAGCUACUGACGACUCGUCUAAAUUGUCUGUUGGUCCAGGUCGGCGGAUUCGCCGCUUCAAGCAGGAGUGGUUGAAGAAAUUCUGGUUCUUGCGUUAUUCUCCCACGCUAAAUGAGAUGUGGUGUCACGUGUGCAGGCAGUAUACUGUGCAGUCCUCAAGGACUUCCGCUUUCAUUAUUGGUUCCAAGCAGUUCAAAAUUCACACUAUCAAGCUUCAUAGCCAGAGCAACCUUCACAAGAAAUGUCUGCAAUUGUACAAGCUACGCAUGCAUCCCGAGAAGACGGAGGAGAUGUGUCGGAACAUGAUGACACUUUUCAAUGCUGCUUACCAUCUUGCGGUUGAAGGUAGGCCAUUUUCUGACCUUCGACCUUUGGCUGAGCUCCUAAAGAAGUGUGAACUUAAAGUAGUUGAUCAAUACAUGAACGAGAGUGAUUGCCAGAUACUUAUCCACCACAUUUCUCGGGCAUUCAAAGAGGACUUGGCAGAGAAGAUCCGCCUCUCACCAUACCUUGGCGUAAUCAUGGAUGGGCAGAAUGAUGAUUUGCUGGCAGACACUGUUGCUGUUUAUGUGCAGUUCAUCACCACAGAGGGCCCACCUGCUACGGAGUUUCUCUCUUUACAGAGGCUGAAUAGUUGCAAUGUAGAUGGCUACCUCCAGGCUGUUGAUCGUGCCUUUGGUGUAUUGGGCCUGAAGCUACAGGACAUGCUAGUGGUGGGUUUGGGAAUAGAUGGUUCCAACAUUUCCUGUAGUCUUAGGGCAAACCUCUAUGUAGCCAUACGGAAGACUAUUCCAUUUGUGUUGUGUCUGCCCAUUAUGAUCCAUCGCCCCCAUCUGGAGAUACUAGAUGCCAUAUGUGGGAAGGAAUUGUCAUGUUUAGAUGAUUUGGAGAACAACCUGAAGCAGCUAUUGAGCUUCUACAGAUACUCACCGCGUAUGAUGGCUGAGCUGAGAUCAACAGCACCUACUCUGUCAGAGGAGACAGAGUUCCUUGGGGAUAUACGAGCAGUUCGGUGGAUCAUUGGGGAGCCUAAUGUUCUUAAUGCCCUCAUCAAAGACUACCUGGAAGUGGUGACUCAUCUUAAGUGUAUCAGCACUCAGACCCAGCGGGCAGAUGCAGCAGCCAUUGCUCUGUCUCUCUUGCAAUUCCUUAUGGAUUAUCAGUCUGUAAAGCUGAUCUAUUUCCUUUUGGAUAUCAUUGCUGUUCUGUCACGCCUUGCCUUUGUCUUUCAGGGAGACUAUCUUCUAGUCUCUCAUGUUGAUGCCAAGAUUGAGGAGGCCAUUCAUGAGAUUGGCCAGUUGGUAGAUUCCCCAGGAGAGUAUCUACAAGAGUUUGAGGAGAACUUCCGCGAAAGCUUCAAUGGUGUUGACCUCAAGAACCUGCGGGUAGCAGAAUCCAAGUUUCAGUCUAUUCGGGAAAAGAUCUGCCAGCGGAGCCAGGGCAUACUGGCCCAGCGCAUUGACCAGCGUAGCCGUUCUGUUGUGCAAGCUUGCAGUGUGCUUGAUCUGGCCUCGUGGCCAUGCAACAGGAAUGACCUCAGAACCUAUGGAGAAGAAGAGAUUCUCCUCAUCUAUGACCACAUGGAAACAAUUCCCUCAUCGGGUCAUGAGCUGUCACAUGACAGAAUGGAUGUAAGAGGAAGCUUGAUAGGAGAAUGGAGGGAUCUCAAAGCUGACUAUUAUAGCAUGAAUGGCUUUAAGGAAGUGAUGAAUCAUAUAUGCAGAAACAAACAACGAUUUCCUUGGCUCAAUCAGAUUCUGCAGGUGGUCAGGGUUCUGCCAACAUCAACUGUCUGCUGUGAUAAAGGACGUGGAUCUUUACACAAAUUGAGAAGGAACAACCGCUCCAGAUUAACCCUAGAGCAGAUGAAUGACCUGCUCAACCUGGCUGUUAAUGGCCCACCCAUUGCCAACUUCGAUGGCAAGAGGUCGUUAGACAGCUGGUUUGAGGAGAAGUCGGGGAACAGCUAUACACUUUCAUCAGAAGUGCUAAGCAAAAUGUCUAACACCGAACAAAAGCCUGUGCUGCACACUAUGGAUGUGAAUUCAGAGUUUUAUCCUGAUAUUUGACUGAACAGAGCCUGUCCUUUAACCAGUAAUAUUCCAAAAAGCCAUCUCGGUAGGUGUAAGCUGAUUAGGGGCUAUUAUGUGAUUGGCCAAUAUAUAUAUGACAUUGGCCCUGCUGCUACAAUGGCCUGGUUAGCUGUUCUUAUUGAUACUAUUCUUGUAUAAGAGUAGUCUGAAUGCCUUUGCAGGACAUUGGCACUUGCACGCCUACAGCUAUUCUGGAAUGUGUUAUUUCAUGUGAUCUGAUGCUCCAAAGAAAAAGGAAAGCACUUAUUGUUUGAGGGUAUAAAAAAUUGUGGAAAUACGUAAAUUGGAUACUACAAUUUAUGGAAUUUCUUUUCUUUAGAUAUUAUCUUCUCAGCAUCUAGUUACAAUAUUUUGCAUUUUGUUUUGUUAUUUGUUUUAUAUAUAUAUAUUUUUGGGGGGUUACUUACCUUAUGAGAAUUAUAUAUAAUGCAAGGCAAUUGAUCGUUGUCGCAUGUUUCAAACAUUUGUUUAGAUGGAAGGAAAUGUUUGUUUGCCAUCUUUCUUGCUGUUAUGCAUUUGGACAUAAAAUGUUCCCUUUUAAAAAGUGAAAUUCAAAGAUUUUGUUCUUUGAACUAAGAGCCAAUCUUUUCAUUUCGUUAAUCAUUUUAUUUUAUGUCUCUUAUGUCUUUGCUCAAGCAAAAUUCUUAUGAUUACUGAUUGAUUAGAUUAUGGAUGUGCCAUUAUGCAUUAUGCAAUCAUAACCGUGCAAGGUGCAAUUUAUGUCCAAUCUUCAACAUUGUUUGAAAUGCAAUAUGCAAAAUGCUAAUGCCUUAUACUUACAGAAUUUGCUGUUCUUGUGGAAUUAUAUCCCUUUGUGCUGUAUAAGUAUUAAGAUGAACAUUUCAACAUUGGACAUUUAAACUUCCGAACAGUUCUUUUAUAAACUUAAGUAGAUUGUAAGAACAAAGAUUUUGAAUACAUGGUAUACAUGGAAUACCUUUAUACUUUCAAGUACAACUUGUUUUAUUUUACUUUAUUAUUUACAGUGUACAAUCUUUCUGGUUUGCCACUAAAUAUCAUUAUCAUGUGCAAUGAAUUAUUAUACAUUUGUGGACAUUAAGUAGUUAGAAAAAUCUUUUAUGCGGAAUACUGUGGAUUUAAAAAGCUCGUGUCAUCUAAAAAUUCUGUAUACUGGCAUUGAUUAUUUUUACUUAUAGUGGGUGAGUCACUCACUCUCUUUUCUGUGGACAAAGUGAAAUUAGUAGAUUUUUAAUCAUUAUGAUGCUGCUAAAAAGUCUUAACCCUUAUUGCCAAAGUUUCUGCGGAAACGAUAAUUAAAAAACUUAGAAAUAAAGUGGGAUGUAUCCUUAUAAUUUUUGGUAUUACUUUGAAACUCUGUAACAUAUCUUGCAUUUAAAAGAAGCACUUAAAUGGAGAAUAUGCCCCUAUGCAGUAUUUGUUGUACACUAUGUAUUGAUUAUACACUUUAUUUUAACUUUAUUUGAGAGAAAUUUGAUGCAGUAAGUAAUCUUGCAUGUUAUCUGCACAACUACUAUAUAUAGUUCAAAUAAUACUGUUCAAAGCUUUUAUAUUUGCAAAAAAAGAUUUUAUGCUGUAACACCUGUAGGAAUUUAUAUAAAAUUAUGGAUAUAGUCUUUAUUUUGUAAUGUUUUUGGUCUUUUACAGACUUUUAAGCAUGUGCUCAUGGCUUUAGAAAAUUAUUUUGCAUUUAAAUCUUCCUGCUUUUGAUUUAAGUGUGAUUUAAGAUAAUCACCUUGAUAAAGCUUUAAAAUGCACCAUCUGAUUUUUCCAGAAAUAACCUCAUUCUACUGUUGUAUGUUAAACUAUUAUACUUCCAUGUGAUGCAUGUUAUCUACAUAUAUAUUUGUGUACUUUGUUACUUUUGGUAGCAUUUAAUAGCAUAGCAUUCCUUGAUUUUAAUUCUAGUUAAAGCCCAAUUUAUUGGCUCUGUUGUACUGGAUAGUAGUACGGUGUGUUCUAUUUAGUUGUUUGUAUGUUUUGUAAUAUGUUCUUUAUUGUUGUACAGACUGUUAUCUCAUAAUGAGGUAUGCCAUUAAAUGGAAUAGCUUUUGCAUUUUUGUACAUACAGUACUCUAGCUCUAUAAUUCAACAAACUGUAGUAGUGGUCUAUUUCUCUGUUUAGUUUUUGUGUGUUCAGUGUACGCUCUAUCAUUAGGGUGGUGUGGAACUGCCAUUGCUGCUUAUGGUCUUCCUGGUGUGUAAAGAAUAAUUGUUGGGCUUUCUUUUCUAAUUUAAUGUUAUGAUAUACAUUUGUUGAACUUUUUGUUGUCUACCUUAAUUAACCAAAUGGCGCGCGCACACACACUCUAGGAAUCAGUCUUUCUAUGUAUCUGUUUACUCACCACCCAACCCCAUUUUUUUAGAUUCUUAUAACAUGAGCCAAAAACAAUCUUAGGAUUUUAUCUCUUGGCGAGCUUUGUUUGUCUGUUUCUUCAAAAACAUUACGUACCAAAAUGUAAAUUCCAAGUCAAAAUUCAUACUUUUGUAUUUCAUGAUUCACAUCUUUUUGUAAUUGUAUUCACAAUAAUCUGUAUUGUAUUUUGUAUUGAUACCCCACUAUAUGCUGUUGGUGUUUUGUUUAUUAACCAAUUUUGGGGAGCAACAUUUUAAGAUUUAUAGGAACAAAAACAUUUCUGAUUUCAGGUUUAUAUUCAAAUGAAUGUUUUUAUUAUUUUUGUGAAGACAUACGUUUUGUCACUAAAUAUAUACAUUUACACAGUUCUGUACAUCGCACUCUUUGUAUUUGCAUGAACACACUGUAACACUGGAAAUACUUAGUUACAAACUAUAUGUGAACUUAAGAAAUUAUAUAGCUGAAGAUUGUAGUAAUGUGUAAAUCCACUCAAAAUGUAAGCUUAAUUAUGUAUCCUCUGCAUAUAAUGGUUAAUAAAGAUUUUGUAUUUUAUUUA